CACCGCCAGGGCAACAAAUUGGCCGCCCAGCUAUCGUAUGCGCUCUCUCGGGGUGUGUUUUUUUUUCACCGCUCCGAGAUAGCAUCCAAUACUUGAACAUAUUUUCUGGUGCGCCUUAGCAUUGUUAUCCUCUCGUUUACGCUCACGACCGUUCGGCCGGCACGCUUUUGCCAAGCGGCUUCAGCGUUCGCCGAAGAGUUUCGCUGACUUCAGUGUAUAUCUAACGUUGCAUGUUAAAGCAUGUGUGGAUGAGUGAGCUAGGCGCGAUCAUUUUCCAUUAAAGCGUGUUACGUUUCACACACCAACAAGAAAAGAAAAGAAAAAAAAAAACGGGAAAAGUGCUACUAAUACGAUCCGUUAGUUUGCGAUUUUCAAUAGUUCAGUGCACUGUGUGCCAACUUCCAACUCCGAAGAGAUAAUUGUAAAGUGGUGUGUGCGCGGGCGCGCUUGUAUCAGUGUGUGCGUGUGUGUGCGUGCGUGUGUGUGUGGGUAUGUUUAUGUGAAAUAUUGUUGGUGCGUGUGCAUAUACGUGAAGUGAUGUGUAUAAUUUGAAGUGAUCAUAUGUGCAGUUAAACAAAGAAGAGGAAAGGGGGAAAAGGAAAGGAAAAAGGAAAAAAAGGAAAAGUGUCAAUUUGGCCUCGUGUGUGCGUGCGUGUGUGUGUGGUUAGUGUUUGCCUUGCUAAGGGCGGCGCAUAUCGAUAUAUUCUUUUUUUUCCUGUACGAACGUUAUCCCAAACAGCCGUCAAAAUCGUGCUCCAGUGGCAUAUUCCGGGCGAAAGCCCUUUCGACCAUACCAAUAUUACUGGUCUUGCGGACAUCGGUGGACCAGGGAGAGGCGGCGGGGACGAAACCGGUGGUACAGGACCCGGAAUGACGGUACCGGUUCAGCGCAACUCCCUGGCGGUGUUGCAGCCGCCGAGAUCGCGCUUCAUGAUCACCGAUAUACUGGCCGGCAGUGGUCCGUCGCCACCGUCGAACACGGGCCCGCCGGAAACGGGCGACGGUAUGGAAACGCUCACGAACGGUACCGGUGGCCAUCCUGCUAUCAACCAAGGCGGUGUGGAGACGCGGCCGGGCAGCAUCAAUAUCGGUGCGACAGGUGUCUCGCCGAUCAUCAACGGCAGCACAAACGGAAGCGAAGGACGCACGCCCAGCCCGCCGAACGGGCCGCGCGAUCUUAGCCUCGCACUGCCCGGCCAUGGUUCGACGGCGAUGCUGCACGCCGGUGCUGGACCGCUGGCACUGCACGCCGCGGCUGCUGCUGCCGCCGCGGCCGCCGCUGCUGCCGCGAUAAAUGCCGGCCAUGGUGGCGAAACGCAACACAAUCAACAUAAAAAUCCUCACCAUCACCAUCAUCACCAUCACCAUCACCAUGGGCUCGAUGCGCACAGUCUCGGGAGCCACGGGCUAAUGGAUGACCACGACCAGGAAAGUGACAGCGACGAUAGUUGUCCGAUGGAUAACUCCAGCGUGUGCAGCAACGGUGGAAAAGACGAGGAUGGCAAUAGUAUUAAAAACGGUCUCGGGCUUAACACUUCCUCCGGGCUGAGUAAAAAGCAACGAAAAGCUCGCACCGCCUUUACCGAUCACCAGCUACAGACGCUCGAGAAAAGUUUUGAGCGACAAAAAUAUCUCAGCGUGCAAGACCGAAUGGAGUUAGCAAAUAAGCUCGGGCUGAGCGAUACGCAAGUGAAAACGUGGUAUCAAAACCGAAGGACCAAAUGGAAGCGACAAACGGCGGUGGGGUUAGAAUUAUUAGCAGAAGCAGGCAAUUAUGCAGCAUUCCAGCGAUUGUACGGUGGACCACCUUACAUUGGGGGAUGGCCUUAUCCCACCCCGUCUGGACCUCCUGGCACGCCACAAAGUGCGGUUGAUGCGUACUAUAGACAUGCAGCGGCAGCUGCAGCACUGCAGAAACCUUUGCCGUAUCGUAUUUAUCCGGGCGUACCAGCUAUCGGGACGCUUAACUCCAUUCCGGGUCCGAGCGGUCCAUUUCCUCAUUUAUCUGCCUCCAGCUCACUCUCAACGCUAAGCAGCUACUAUCAGGCGAACAGCGGGCAGCAGGCGGGUACGUCCGUGCUUCAGCAACAUCAUCAAACACCUAGCGCCGGGCUAAAUCAGGGUCGGGACGGUACCGCAGCUGCUGGUGGAGGUAGUCAACUCGAUAUUAGUAAUGUCAAUUCUCUUACCAGCAGUAGCAACCACAGUCUGAGUAGCCAAACUAGACAGAGUCCUAGCCCAAUGCUUAAUCCCGGCAGCCCACCAGGACAGUCGGAAAGUAACCCACCCGAUAGUGAUGAUGAGGAUGAUAACAUUCAAGUAUGAAUUUGCUCAAGUAUGAAUGGUCCAACAUGCGUUAAAAGUCACUUUUGCCUUCCUAAACUCCAACCAUUAUCAACACUGUUGUCAAGCUAGUCCGCUUAGCUAGCUGAAUGUACUUACAGGCAGUAGAUUUUAACUACCUGUCUGUGAUUAAAAUUUCGUAUAAUGCAAAACAGAAGCAGCUGUUUAUUUUGUUUGCAAAAUGCUACUCUAUUCUGGAACAUUUCCAUUUGCUAAAAAAAACCCUGUCAACAUGUAAUCAAGAGCAAACACUUUUCGAUUUAAGGGGAGAUACACAUUCAGCCGCUCGGCAAUAGGAUUGAUUUUCGAUACAUUUUUUAACUACUGUUUUCAUGAGAAAAUAUACACGUUCAAGUAUUUUUGAAGACAUUAUUAAAAAAAAGAAAACAAAUAAAUUGUCCUUUUUUUAACCUCUCUUAGUAGUGAUAAGAGCGCUGUCAAAACUUUGACAUUUCGUUAUGUUAAUUUGACAUUUCGUUAUGGAGCGUUACGGAUACUAAGAUACUAAAUGCUAGUACUUAAAGGAUCUUUAUUUAAAAAAUGUCAUUUGCUGACAAAACAAAACACAUUUGCAAUAAUAUUUCCGACACAAAAUGUAUUAGCAUUUUGAGUAAAAAAAAACAAAUGAUGUUAAUUUUCUGAUGAAGAAUGGUAUAAAGAACUAUUUCUUCUUGAGCAGUAUAACCUCAAAAGAUGUUUUGGCCAGACAUUUCGGGCACCGUACGGAAUAUUGUUCCGGAUGGGUUUUUUGCAAGAUGUAAAAAAAACACCGGAAGAGAAAAUCAAUUCAAGCGGUACAAAGGGUUUUUAAAUAAAUUCUGGGUACGCAUUUGCAAAAUGUCGUUUGGCGAAAGAAAACCAAUAUCUGAACAGUUGCACAUAUCGGAUGGGAAUGAGGUUAGACUUUAGGGUGUAACUUCAUUAUUUGUCGAUAUAUUGAUUUGCAACUUUUACCCAAUAUUUCUGAGAUGUUUAGCUGGAAAAGAACAUGAAACGUUUUUAUUUUCUCUUCUCGCAUGUGUUGACUGUAUAUCUCCCCUAUAAAGCGUGGAAAAAAAAUUUGAGGGUUAAGCUUCAUUGAAAUUGAAUGUUAAACAUUUGCUAUUUAUUUAUUGGCUUUCCAAUAGCAAAACUAACCUUUAUUUUAACCUGCAUCCCAAGGCCACAAAUCUUACAUUUGCUGACAGUUUAUUUGUUAACACAGAUAGAUCAUUUUCCAAUGUGUGCAUCUUCAUUUUGCAUAUAUAAAACGAUUUUGUUUCAAACAAUACGAGGAGUUGCGUUGUGGGGGAAUUUUUUUUAAAUAUUGCGCAUUGCUUUGGAUAUUCAUUUGUUUUUAGUUUGAUUUUAGUAUUUAAGGCUCUACAUCAGAACACACUAAACUUACAAUACUUAUUCGACUGACAAUUUUAAUAAAAUAUUUAGAAUCUGAUUCGAGCUAAGUAUGGGAAGGAAAUAAUAAAUCAUAAUGGUAUGAUCGCAGAAAAAAAUGAAAAGAUGCCGAACAAUGAAGCCGAUGUGCUAAAUUUGUCGAACUAACUUAUGUUCUGUCUGUAUUUUCUAUUACAGCAUAGAAUAGUAACAAUCUAUCUUCAUUAUGCUUUUUUUUUUAAAAUGGCAACAAAAUUUAUCUAACGAUCAUUUGACAAAUAAUAUCGUUUAAAUAGUUUUAUUCUUAUUUUUUUUAUUUAAUUGUAUCAAUUUUCUUUGCGUUUCUUAAAGCAAUCGUAUAAUCUGAUAGAAUUAAAUAUAAAUGUUAUGAUUGUAAUAUGCAAAAUACUCAAAUAGAAACGAACGAAAGCCUGCUACAAGAUUUUUAAACGAGCUCUUCGAAAUUAGCGAAUAUCCAUAGGGAAAAAAUGAAGGGUUUAUUUUUUUUCAUUUUUAUUGGAAAAUGCAAAAAAACUAUAAAUGUUUCAGAAAUAUUACCAACAUAAGAAAUGAUUAUGUUGUAAUAUUUUCAAUAUUAUUUAUUUGAAAAAUAAUCAAAAAAAUUAUAGAAGAAGUGAACUAAUCACGUGGAAAUCUGGGCAAAAUUGUUUAAUUAAAAGAGAAAUCAACUGCUAGCAAGAUUUUAAUUAUCUGUUUAAAGCAAUAAUUGAUUUGAAACAAAUAAGUAAUUUCAAAUAAAAAAAGUUUCGUAAACAUUUUGCAGAACAAAACUCUUCAUCACAAAAACAAGAAGAUAAAAGCUACAAAGUACAUUAAAAAAUGAAUGAAGAAUUCCUUUUUUUGCUACCAAUUUUGCGAAUAUUUCGUUUCUUUGGAUUGGAGAUAAAAGAAAAGCAAAUAUGAAUGUUUUCUUCAUCAUCUACAAAAAUAACAUCAACCUCAUACAGUAAACCCGUCAUUUAAUUACGAUUAAAAGGAGAUUUAAUUGCCACAAACGUUCAAUAUGUGAAACAAUUGUUUGAAUAAUUCAUUUUAACUAUGGUUUUCUGUUAUGGACGUAUGCCAAAUGGAUUAUUCUUUUAAAAGCGAUUGAUGUUUACGGGGGAUCUUGAAGUUUCAACUCAAGUAAUGUAUUUAGCAGCGUAAUCACGGUUUUUUUUUAUUAUUCCUAAAAUGAAUCACUGGGAAGGGACAAUUUUGUACAAAUCUAAUGUAGCAUAGAACAUUCCGUUCAGAAGAAAAAAAAACCAUAGGUAAUCUAAUAUUAUUCGAAGCAAUGUGAAUAUCAUUUAUUUGCUAAUCUAAACUAGCAUCUACAUGAAAUGAUUUAAAUAUUUUAAUUAAAGUAAGAACCGAGAUGUGUACAUAAAACGAUGUUUAAGCUCAAAUGAAAAAAAAAACACUGUAAACAUCGUAUAGAGAUGAGUAAAUACAAAAAACUAGAUUUUACUACAAUGUGAUCAAUUAAGUAAUUGGAUAGUAUGAAUGUUGUACGUUCUCUGGGAAAUUGCAUCAGUAUUAAAAAACAAAAAAACUAUAGUUUUACGAGUGAAAUGAAAAAAAAACCAACAUUUUUAUAACGACGCUCAUUAUUCCCUUAAAUAUGGACUGAAACUUACAAUAGAGACAAACAACCAGUUAUUGAAAAUUGGGAAUGCAAAUCUAAAUAAAAUAGCAGCGGUUAGGUUUAUCUCUAGAAAUCAAAUUAUAAUAAAUAUGAAAUGCGUGUUACGUUCAUUUUGCGUUUAGUUUGUUUUUUUUUAUCAACAGUUUUAAAUAACAGCAAUCGCUAGGUGUCAUUGCCAAGCUACAGUAUGACCCUCACUUAGCUUAGAAAAUGACGUAAAAGGAAGUAAACAAGGGCACAAUAUGGAUUUCGUUUUGAAGAAUUUUCAAACAAACAAAAACAAAAUGAUUAAUCCUGAAUUGAGAAAUUUCGCCUACACAGUUCAAAAAGUUAAAUAGACAAAAAAACAAACAAAAAAAAAACAUAAAUAAUUAAAAUGUAUAGAAAGUUUACAUUUCCAGUACACAAACAUUGAAACGUUUUAAUCAUUUGUAAAAGCAGGACGAACGCGUGUGAAACAAAAAAAAAACGUACAUAGAACAUAGUGCGAUAAAGAGAAGACAAAUAAAACGAUUAUGCUUCUGUAA